ACAGUGACAUCACCGGGAGUCGGUUCUUAAGCAGCAGCCGGGCGCACCGGGAUAGAGAGGGACAGUUGGAGUGCUUUGGUGAAUUUCUGAGUCUGCCGCCGCCCGGAGAGCGGCUGUAGCCGCCGUCGCCGGGAAGGAGGGGGCGAGGCGCGCCUUAGGCCACCGGAGCGGCUACAGCCAGCUGGGCCGCGGGCAAGCAGGACAGCCGCGCGGAGCUGGGCCGGGGCCGGGGCGGGGGCGGGGGGGGGGGGGGGGGGCGGACCGCAGGCCCCUUGCUCCGGCCGCCGCUUGUAGACAGUGGGCUUCCGAUGCCACCCGCGGCGCGCUAGGGUGAGCCUCCGGCCAGGCAAGCAGUCACCGCUGCAGCCGCCGCCGCCCGAGCCGCGGGCAGGAGUCUCGGGAGCCGCCGCCGCCUGGUCAGGCUCCACCGCCGCCCGCGCGCUCCCGGGUCCCCGACACACAUGAGAUUCUUCAGGCUCACUUUCAAGUGCUUCGUGGACUGCUUCUGACUGCGCCACCCUCGCCGUCCCGCACCCCGCCCGCCCGCCGCCCCGUUCCCCGGCCCGGCCGCCCCCGAGGCCCCCGGGCGGGCCCCCGCUUUCGGGGCCCUCUCUCCAGGUGCAGCCAGAGCCCCUUGCCCGCCCGCCACCCUCGAGGCGCCGCGACCCCUGGCCCGGCCUCGCGGCCCCAGGGACCAUGGCGAAGAAGAGCGCCGAAAACGGUAUCUAUAGCGUGUCUGGUGACGAAAAGAAGGGUCCUCUCAUCGUGCCCGGGCCCGACGGUGCCCAGGCCAAGGGCGAUGGCCCCGUGGGCCUUGGGGCGCCCGGCGGCCGCCUUGCCGUGCCGCCUCGAGAGACCUGGACACGCCAGAUGGACUUCAUCAUGUCGUGCGUGGGCUUCGCUGUGGGUCUGGGUAACGUGUGGCGCUUCCCCUACCUGUGCUACAAGAACGGCGGAGGUGUGUUCCUUAUUCCCUACGUCCUGAUCGCUCUGGUGGGAGGAAUCCCCAUUUUCUUCCUGGAAAUUUCACUGGGCCAAUUCAUGAAGGCCGGCAGCAUCAAUGUCUGGAACAUCUGUCCCCUAUUCAAAGGCCUGGGCUAUGCCUCCAUGGUGAUUGUCUUCUACUGCAACACCUACUACAUCAUGGUGCUGGCCUGGGGCUUCUAUUACCUGGUCAAGUCAUUCACCACCACUUUGCCCUGGGCCACAUGUGGGCACACCUGGAACACUCCUGACUGUGUGGAGAUCUUUCGCCAUGAAGACUGUGCCAAUGCCAGCCUGGCCAAUCUCACAUGUGACCAGCUUGCUGACCGUCGGUCCCCUGUCAUCGAGUUCUGGGAGAACAAAGUCUUGAGGCUCUCUGCAGGGCUAGAGGUGCCAGGGGCCCUCAACUGGGAGGUGACCCUAUGCCUGCUGGCCUGCUGGGUGCUGGUCUACUUCUGUGUGUGGAAGGGGGUCAAGUCAACAGGAAAGAUCGUGUACUUCACUGCUACAUUCCCCUAUGUGGUCCUCGUUGUGCUGCUGGUGCGAGGGGUGCUGCUGCCUGGAGCCCUGGAUGGGAUCAUCUACUAUCUCAAGCCUGACUGGUCAAAGCUGGGGUCCCCUCAGGUAUGGAUAGAUGCUGGGACCCAGAUUUUCUUCUCUUACGCCAUCGGCCUAGGGGCCCUCACAGCCCUAGGCAGCUAUAAUCGCUUCAACAACAACUGCUACAAGGACGCUAUCAUCCUGGCACUCAUCAACAGUGGGACCAGCUUCUUUGCUGGUUUUGUGGUCUUCUCCAUCCUGGGCUUUAUGGCCACAGAGCAGGGUGUGCACAUCUCCAAGGUGGCAGAAUCAGGGCCUGGCCUAGCCUUCAUUGCCUACCCACGGGCUGUCACACUGAUGCCUGUGGCCCCACUCUGGGCUGCCUUGUUCUUCUUCAUGCUGCUGCUGCUCGGUCUGGACAGCCAGUUUGUAGGUGUGGAGGGCUUCAUCACCGGGCUCCUGGAUCUCCUCCCGGCCUCCUACUACUUCCGUUUCCAAAGGGAGAUCUCCGUGGCCCUCUGCUGUGUCCUCUGCUUUGUCAUCGAUCUCUCCAUGGUGACCGAUGGCGGGAUGUACGUCUUCCAGCUGUUUGACUACUACUCAGCUAGUGGCACUACCCUGCUUUGGCAAGCCUUUUGGGAGUGUGUGGUGGUGGCUUGGGUUUACGGAGCUGACCGCUUCAUGGAUGACAUUGCCUGUAUGAUUGGGUACCGACCUUGCCCCUGGAUGAAAUGGUGCUGGUCCUUCUUCACUCCACUGGUCUGCAUGGGCAUCUUCAUCUUCAACGUUGUAUACUACGAGCCGCUGGUCUACAACAACACCUACGUGUACCCAUGGUGGGGUGAAGCCAUGGGCUGGGCCUUUGCACUCUCUUCCAUGCUGUGUGUGCCCCUUCACCUCCUAGGCUGUCUCCUCAGGGCAAAAGGAACCAUGGCAGAGCGCUGGCAGCACCUGACCCAGCCUAUCUGGGGCCUCCACCACUUGGAAUACAGAGCUCAGGAUGCAGAUGUCAGGGGCCUGACCACCUUGACUCCAGUGUCUGAGAGCAGCAAGGUCGUCGUGGUGGAGAGUGUCAUGUGACAGGCACCCCCAGCUCAUAUCACCAGCUCAUCCUUUGGUAGCCAUAGCAGCCCCUGCUUUAGCCUCUACCCACCCCUCCAGGGGGCUUGCCUUUCCUUGACAGUUUGGGGGUCUUCCUGGGGGGGGGGAGGGGAGGAAGCUCCAUGAGUGCUAACAAAAAUAACUUUCCAUUUUUAAUAAAAUGCCAAAAAUAUCACAACCCACCAAAAAUAGAUGCCUCUCCUCCCCAGCCCCCAGCCCCCAGCCCUGCUGGUACUUGCAUUGCUU